AUGCUAACGCGAGAGCAAUUGUCUGUACUGCCUUCAAUUCGUCCAAGCUUAUUGUACGAGUUGUUGCAAGAGGUCGCUAAGGCCCGCACUGAUAGACGAAUGCGUCGUGCUUUACCUAAUGAGUGUGCAUUUUGUAAGAAUAAUGAGGAGAACGAGGAAUGUUUUUCGUCCCAUGCGAUGAAAGACGCGCGUGUUGUGCCCGGUGUUGCAUGCGUUUCGCUGCCCGCGCUGCGGUGUGACCGGCGACCCGGCGCACACCAUCAAGUCGGAGCAAGGAAGCCCGGCGUCUGGCAGACGCGUGCCCCCGUCCAUAACUUUGCUAUUAGGCGCGAACGGCGCCGCUCAACAAGUGUGUACUCCAACAGUACCGGCCGCUUCACCUGUCACCUCUCCUGA